GUCACUAAUUGGUAAUGAAUAUGUAUAUAUCUGUCACGUGGUCGAUGCUCAUGCAAACAAUCAACAAUAAUAAUGGCUUCUACACGAGAUUUUAUAAAAAUUGAUCUGACUGCUGAAGAUAUUCCAGGGGCUAAACUUGACAUAAAUAAAUUAGAAGAUUAUAGCAAUAUGCAGCUUAAACGAUGGUUAGAAUGCAGAGGUAUUAAAUCAUCAGGAAACCGAACUGAACUACUUAAAAGAUGCAAUGAUGUAAUCAAUUCCGGCAGGGUAGAUCAAAUUGAUAUCAACAUUGAUCAAGGGAAGUGGUACGAUAUAAAACUUGGAAAGGUCAAACCAGAAAGUGUAAAAAAAAAUCAACCUGCUAUCCCACCAGUAUUAGGAUGGAAAACUUUUCCGUCUAGACCCAUACCGGUCAAUUUUAAUUAUGGGCACAUAUACCAUUAUUUACUGGAGAGCGUUGUCCUUUUAGGAGAAGACGGGAAGCAGGAGGAUACGGACUUGUCACACAUGACUUCCAAGCCUCUCACAAAAGGAGAACAAUAUGUCAAAAGUGGAAGUGUGACAAAUAUAAUGGACAAUUCAAAGGGUUCAGACUUAUAUUUUAUAAAGGGGAAAGUUGAUGCAUCUAUGAGAAAAGAGCACAGAAUUGUGCACAUAACAUUGUCAUCAAUUAGUGGAGCUGUUUAA